CUGACCUACUAACACAGAUCCAUGAGUCAGUAGCCACCUUGAGAGGGAAAAAGCCGUGGGAGGAGAGCUUGGUACUUCGCAACUUGUAGGAUUUUGUCAAGUUAUUUCCUUAUCAGCUGAUGGGAAAGCUAAACUUGUUCCCUGUGGCUGACAGGCGGUGGAAGAGCAGAGCGAACCCUCCGACCAGGUGCUAGAAAAGAUUUCCUCAACUGAAGUGAACUGAUCGAGUGUGGCAGUUGCUAUUGCUGCAUACAAGCAUUAUGGUGUACAGUUAAAGACCUUUGAGCAUAUUGAUAGUAGCCAACAGUGACAAUAUGCAAUCAAUCAAGCAAGAGGUGGAGUCCAGUGAGUCCUACAGCAGAGAGGAUGCUCUGGUCUUGGCUGUGGCCUUACAAGGGGCUAACAGAGACCUGAUUGGCCACAAAACCUCUGCAAUUCCGUUCAAGUCUAAAACUACCUGCCGCAGAAAAAGGGAAUUUAUCCCAGAGGAGAAGAAAGACAACCUUUACUGGGAGAGGCGUCGCAAAAACAAUGAGGCGGCAAAACGCUCCAGAGAGAAGCGGCGCAUAAAUGACAUGGUGCUUGAGAACAAGCUGAUGGCCCUCGGAGAGGAAAAUGCCUCCCUCAAGGCUGAGUUGUUAUCAUUGAAGCUGAAGUUUGGUCUGGUGAGCUCGGCAGCGUAUGCCCAAGAGGUCCAGAAGUUAUGCAGUUCCACCGCUGUCAACCUCUACCAGGAGUUUGUUCCAUCCAGUGCUGGCCAAGGUUCCAGCAGGGACUUAGAACCUCUUCAUCUGCGCAGCAGCUGCAUAUCAGUCAUCAAGCAUUCACCUCACAUGCCCGAGACAUGUAGUUCAACUCAGGCCAGCUUUAGUAUCUGCACGACUGCAGAGGUCAAGCAAGAACCAGCAGAGAAUGGCAGCUAUGCACAGGAGAGAAGUAGUCCCUAUGAACUAUAUAGAAACUACAUGGCCAGCUCUUUGUCUGGAGUCUACCCCCAACCUGCUUCAUUCCUGCAGAUCACCAGGUCAUCCAGUAACUCCCCCAGGAGCUCAGAUGACAGUGUUGUAAGCAAAUCAUCAGAUGGUGAGGAUGAGCAGCAGGUCCCCAAAGGGUUGACACCAUCUGUAGCUGAUCCAAGAAGUGUCAUUGUCUCCACACACAAAGUGCCAGAUGCCAGUUCUUCAGCUUUGCCCCAUAAACUGCGGAUCAAGGCCAGAACCGUCCAAAUCAAAGUGGAGGCCAUCGAUCCUGAUUACGAGUCUUCGGGAAAGUCCUCUUCGCCCGUCAGCAUUUCAGCGGGAGGUUGCUACCAGACCACUCAGGACUCUUUAGAGUACACCCAGUCUUCCCCGUACCCUUUGUCAUUACAAGUCACCAACAUGCAAGACUGGACCCACCGGUCUGGGCAGUGGCAUAAAAGUGGCACAGAGACACUGCAGAAUGGUUGCAAGAGAAGCAGGCUGACCCCAAGCCCUGUCUCAAACAAAACCAUUGUGGAUGUAAAGAAACCGUCCUAUGCACACUCAGAUACUGAGGACCUGUAUCUGAAAGAGGGCCUUGCUGACCUGUCUGCUGAAGUGUCCUCUCUGAAAAGACUGAUCAAAACACAGAAAGGGUCUGUGAUAGAGUCAACCAAAAGCACCGCUGAUCAUCACGAGUCAUUAUCGAAAGGAUGUUCUUCUGAAUGACCUUAGUGUGUUUUGCAUUUCCACUGUAUUUGCUGUUGCACUGUGUGGUUUAUAUUAGUUAUUACAACGUUUCAAUUACUGUACAUUUUCAAAUAAAGUGUGCUCAAAUAAUAACUGUUGGAACAAAGGCUGUUUGCUAAAGUAGGCUUAUUUAGAAAUGUUGCGGAGGGGUGGAAUUACCUUUACUGUAAUGGUAAAUUCAAUAUAUUUACAAUACCACAGCACUAAUUUCAUCAGUACAGAAACACUGUCAUGUCAUUCUCAUCAUUUCCAUUUGCUUCCACUUCAAUUAAACUGUUUUUAAUGUGAAUUAUCUGCUGGAAAUGUUGAAUUUCAUUGACAGUAGGAAUGAGCGAGUACACUAUUAUCUGUUAACUGACAAAUUAUUAUGGGUGGGGCUUAAACCAGACAUGGGCGGGACUAACCAUAAGUUGUUAAUUUAAGGCUGAAAUUGCUAUAUUAAUUAGAACUCUCAGAGUUGAGCUUCAGAGCAAUGUUUUUGAUCACAAUAGUAAGAGAGCUACUUACAGAAGAAUUUCAAUUCAAUUCAAUUUUAUUUGUAUAGCGCCAAUUCAUAACAGAAGUUAUCUCAGGACACUUUUCAAAUAGAGCAGGUCUAGACCGAACUCUUUAACAUUAUUUACAGAGACCCAACAGUACCACCAUGAGCAAGCACUUGGCGACAAGGGCAAGGAAAAACUGCCUGUUAAAAGGCAGAAACCUAGGACAGAGAGAGAGAGACAGACAGGUGCACAGCAACAACAGUAUUGGUAAUGGCAAUCUAGCAGAACCAUGGCAGGAGGCUUCAUCAUGAUCGAUAACCUCGAUCGAACCUGCGAGACGAGAAAGCACAAGAACUCCGGGGAAGAAGUGAAGUCAGUAACAUGCAUUAAUGGGACAUGAAUGAGUGCAGAAAGAGAGAGGAAGAGAGGAGCUCAGUGCACCAUGGGAAAUCCCCCGAUAGUCUAGGCCUAUAGCAGCAUAACUAAGGGAUGGUUCAGGACUCACCUGAUCCAGCCCUAACUAUAAGCUUUAUCAAAGAGGAAUGUCUUAAGCCUACUCUUGAAUGUGGUGAGGGUGUCUGCCUCCCGAACCACAACUGGAAGCUGGUUCCACAGGAGAGGAGCUUGGUAACUGAAGGCUCUGGCUCCUGUUCUACUUUUAGAGACUAUAGGAACCACAAGUAGCCCAGCAUUCAGAGAACGUAGUGUUCUAGAGGGGUUUAUAGGGUACUAUGAGCUCUUUAAGAUAUGAAGGGGCCUGACCAUGAAGAGCUUUAUAGGUGAGGAGGAGGAUUUUAAAUUCUAUUCUAAAUUUUACAGGGAGCCAGUGCAGAGAAGCUAGUACAGGAGAGAUGUGAUCUCUUUUUCUAGUUCCUGUCAGUACUCGUGCUGCAGCGUUUUGAAUUAAUUGGAGCGUUUUAAUGGACUUAUUGAGGCAACCUGAUAAUAAAGAGUUGCAGUAAUCCAGCCUAGAAGUAACAAAUGCAUGGAUUAGUUUUUCUGCAUCUGUCUGUGAUAGUAUGUGUCUAAUUUUUGUAAUAUUACGUAAAUGAAAGAAGGCAGUCCUAGAGGUCUGCUUUAUGUGGGAAUUAAAUGACAAUCCUGAUCAAAGAUAACUCCAAGAUUCCUGACAGUGGUGCUAGAGGUAAUGGUAAUGCCAUCUAGAGUAACUAUAUCUUUAGACAGUGAGUCUCUAAGAUUUUUUGGCCAAGUACAAGAAUUUCGUUUUUUCUGAGUUUAACAUCAGAAAAUUGCAGCUCAUCCAGGAUUUUAUGUCCUUAAGACAUGUUUGUAAUUUAGAUAAUAGAUUAAUUUCAUCGGGCUUGAUCGAUAGAUAUAACUGCGUAUCAUCUGCACAACAGUGAAAGUUAAUGGAGUGAUUCCUAAUAAUGUUGCCUAAAGGGAGCAUAUAUAAAGGAAAUAGUAUUGGUCCAAGUACAGAACCUUGUGGAACUCCAUGACUAACUGUAGUAUUUAUUGAAGAUUCAUCGUUAACAUGUACAAACUGAGAACGAUCUGAUAAAUAUGACUUAAACCAGCUUAGUGCGGUUCCUUUAAUGCCAAUUUGAUGCUCAAGUCUCUGUAGAAGAAUAUUCUGGUCACUGGUGUCAAAUGCAGCACUAAGAUCUAACAAUACAAGUACAGAGACACGUCCAUUGUCUGAAGCAAUCAAAAGGUCAUUAGAAGCUUUUUUAAUAAAAGUUGCUUUAUGUAUUGUUUAUUAGAAAAUUAUUGACUAUUGACACAUUUUACUCUGAUGAUAGUCAUAAAAAAAGCACAUCACCCGUACCGGAUACUCAUUUCAGCCAAGUACUCUUUCAAACAUAAGUAACAGUAGCUUGAUCAGGGAUUAAAAAAAAUGAAGAAGUAAAUGAAACAUGAAUUCACUGGUGUUUGAAAACAGUAUUUCUGGUGUAUGACACGACUCUCUUUUACUGAUGAAGUUAGUGCUGACAUUAUACUUACUCAUCUUACUAAGAUGUACUUAGUUUGAUGUUCAGUAUAAUGUGCCUUCAUGUAAAGAUAAUUAACAGCAAAUUAAAAUUGGAGCAGAUGAGAAAACAGGGAGAUUUUUUGAUCAUAUAGACCAAAUAAAUACCUGGUUCUCACUGCAGUCUGGGUAGCCUAAAUAAAAGGUUGCUGGGCCCUAUUUGAGAAUUUACAGUAAAUUGUAAAUCAAUGAUGUGCGACAGACAUCAUUCAUGUGUAGGACAUUGUUAAGAGUGAGGCUUUUUCUUUCACUAAAAUAUUCAUGACUGCUGUCACCGGGCACUGCCCACUAGUAUACUCCUACUGUCACUGAACACUGUUCUGCUUUGAUUUUGUGGAGCUGGAAAAGGCCCCAGUUCUGAACGGCUCCCUCCAGCCUGCCCUGGUGCAGCAGCCGUCACAUGUUCCGGGGGGGGCGGUUUGGCUGUUCUUUGCCUUAAAACUACAAUCGGUAAUGUUUUGAAAUCAUGUAGUGUGGUUGUGGUUGUUGUAUCCAUUUGUAUGUUAGUGUGGUGACAGAAUUACAGCGGGUGGAGAUGCAGUCACUUUGCUUUAAAAUAAUGUCCAGUAGUGCUUUAUUCUGGGUUUGUAAUCUCAGAAUAAUUCCCAAGACAUUUCUUGGAAAGAAUUAUGUAAUUUGGUACUAAUUCUGGGAAAAAUAUUUUAUUUAAGUUUACAAUAAUUAAUGAAUAGUGAAUUAAUAUUUACUUAAGUUUAAAUGGAGCUUCUCUUUUGAGUCCUAUUUUUUUAUAAUUAAUAUCAAAUUACACAAUUAUUUUCAGGACACUUUCUAGGAAUCUAUUAUAAAUUACAGACCUAUAAAACAGCAUUUUUGUUCUCUCUUGUCCCCGUUUACUUUGGUAAUCACUUUCAUCACUUCAGUAAUCAAUACUGUAUUCUGUACAUGUUGAAAUUAAUGACAAUGUCACUGCAUUCUAGCAGUGAGCUGAAACUACUUCACAGACACCACACUGCGCUCCAUCCUCUCUGCUGUAGUUCAAAAAAGCUUUUGGCUUUAACAUAAGUUUAGCAUAACAUUAAACAGGCUCUGCUACAUUCACUGGUUCACUGUUUGCCGAAUAGUCAUCGCUUCUCUUUAUGUUUUUUAGUGGAUUUUUGUUUGAACCUUCCAGGCCACUGGUUAAACUAAGAUUGUGUGUGACACUGGAUGGAAAAUUGUGACUACCAUGAUGGAGCUGCCGAUAGUGUAACUGGAUUUUAUAAAGCUCCGACACAUUCUAACACAUUUUAUUCUCAAAUGUUUGCAAUUCAUAGAAAAUUAACAUUUGUAUUAUGGAAAGAGUCUCCAGAGACUACAGUUCUUGUAACUGAAACAUUAAAUGUUAUAGAAUCUAGAACUGUCAGGGUGUCAUUAAUUUGGGUGAUUACAUCAUACUUUGAUGUAAAAGUGCUUAACUUCAAUCAGCCCUUGUUGAUAUGAUGUCAAAUAAUGCAUUUCAUUUCAAAAGAACUCUGUGUCCAUUUGUUUUCAUAAAUUGCAAUAUACAUGAUGAUGCCGAUAGCGUCAUUUGCCCAGCAGCCUGAAGUCCAGCUACCUGUAUCUGAACACUUCUCAAGAUUUAUUGUAAUGGUGAGUUUUUGUUUACAAUAAAUGUGACUGAGUCAUG